AUGCCCGGUCUGCUGAACCAGAUGACAGGGGCAGCCCUGCCCCUCACCGCUUCCGAUGUCACCUCCUUCGUCAGUGGAUAUGCCCUGGGUCUGACUGCGUCCCUCACCUACGGCAACCUGGAGGCCCAGCCUUUCCAGGGCCUCUUCGUGUACCCACUGGAUGAGUACACCACGGUGAUUGGCUUUGAGGCAGUCAUUGCUGACCGGGUUGUAACAGUACAGAUCAAGGACAAAGCCAAGAUGGAAAGUGGACACUUCAAUGCCACUCACACUCGAGGAGCAACUGUCACAGGAAACAUCCUGCGAGAGGGGGUGUCCAUCAUCCCUGCUUCCUGCACGCUGGGAAAGGUGGCCUUGGAUGAAGAUUUGGAGCGGAUCCUGUUCGUGGUCAACCUGGGGACCAUCGCCCCGAUGGAGAACGUCAAGGUCUUCAUCAGCACCUCCUCGGAGCUGCCCACGCUGCCCAGCGGGGCCGUGCGGGUCCUGCUGCCUGCUGUCUGCGCCCCGACCGUACCCCAGUUCUGCACAGAGCGUGCUAGCCCCUCCAACCAACAGGCACAGGGCAGAAACAGGCAUUGCUUCAGCACCCGGGCCCCAGACUCCUGGAACAAGUUGUUCCUGGCGACUCUCCUGGACACCGAGGUGUCCAACCCCAUGGAAUACGAGUUCUGCUUCCAGCUGGAGAUCCGGGGGCCAUGCCCACUUGCAGGGGUAGAGAGUCCCACCCACGAGAUCCGAGCCGACGCUGCCCCGUCCGCGUGCUCCGCCAAGAGCAUAAUUAUCACCUUGGCCAACAGGCACACCUUCGACCGGCCCGUGGAGCUCCUCAUCCACCCCAGCGAGCCCCACAUGCCACACGUCCUGGUGGAGAAAGGGGACAUGACCGCAGGAGAAUUUGAGCAGCACUUGAAGGGAAAGACCGAAUUCAUUAAAGGGAUGAAAAAGGACUGUGGCGCGGAGCGGAAGACAGAAAUCAUCCGGAAACGCCUCCACAAGGACAUCCCCCACCACUCUGUCAUCAUGCUCAACUUCUGUCCCGACCUCCAGUCUGUCCAGCCGAACCUGAGAAAGACCUACGGCGAGUUCAUCUUCCUCAUUGACAGGAGCGGCAGCAUGAGUGGGACCAACAUCCACCGUGUGAAGGAUGCUGUGCUGGUGGCCCUUAAGAGCCUCAUGCCAGCCUGCCUCUUCAAUGUCAUUGGGUUCGGAUCCACAUUUAAGACCCUCUUCCCUUCCAGUCAGACCUACAAUGAGGAGACCUUGGCCACAGCCUGUGAUAACAUUCAGAGGAUACGGGCCGACAUGGGUGGCACCAACAUCCUCUCCCCGCUCAAGUGGGUCAUCCGGCAGCCAGUGCACCGAGGCCACCCGCGGCUUCUCUUCGUGAUCACAGACGGGGUGAUCAACAACACGGGGAAGGUGCUGGAGCUGGUGCGAAACCACGCCUUCUCUACCAGGUGCUAUAGCUUCGGAAUUGGACCGAACGUCUGCCACAGGCUGGUGAAGGGGCUGGCAACUGUGUCCAAGGGUAGUGCUGAGUUCCUGGAGGAGGGGGAGCGGCUACAACCCAAGAUGGUCAAGUCCCUGAAGAAGGCCAUGGCCCCAGUUCUGAGUGAUGUGACUGUGGAGUGGGUCUUCCCUGAGACCACCGAAGUGCUGGUCUCACCUGUCAGCACCAGCACCCUCUUCCCUGGAGAACGGCUGGUGGGAUAUGGCAUUGUGUGUGACGCCUCCUUAUACACCUCCAAUUCCAGAUUUGACAAGAGGCGGCGAUACAGCAUGCUGCACUCUCAGGAGUCCGGCAGCUCUGUCUUCUACCAUUCACAGGAUGAGGGGCCUGGCUCAGACAGUACAGACUGUGCCAAGAGCCUGGGGGCGCCCCUCAACCUGAGGCAGGCCAAAGAAGGCCCACUAUCCAGCGGCGACUGCACCACCAGCCCGGGUGUGGACCUCUCCCAGCGACGGCGGGCAUAUAGCACCAACCAGAUCACCAACCACAAGCCCUCCCCAAGGGCCACCGCGGCCAGCGACCCCACGAUGGCUGCCAGGAGAUACCCACUGCGAAAAGCUAAGCUGCAGGACCUCACCAACCAGCCCAGCCCAGAUGCCCCGUGGCGGCAGAUUGAUUUGCAGCCCUUCCUGAACAGUGGCCUGGACCUGUGCCAGGGCCCCAAACUCCGGGGCCCAGGGGCCCGCAGGCCCUCUCUGCUGCCGCAAGGCUGCCAGCCCUUCCUGCCCUCUGGCCAGGAGCCCCAGACCUGGAGCCCCGUAAGAGAGCUGGAUCUUGGGUCCAGCCUGAAGCCUGCCUCCAACUGCCACAGCCCUGGGGACCUGGAGCCACCCCACCACCCCUCCUCUUUCGAGACGAAGACGUCGUCGGACUGGGAGCCCCCGGCCCAGCUGGAGGAGCAGGCCAGCACCGACGGGGCAGCCACCCCAGACCCCGUGCUGGGCAAGGCCGUAAUCAAGGGCCUGCGCGACAGCCAGCGUUUGCAAUGGGAGGUGAGCUUCGAGCUGGGGCCCCCCGGCCCCGAGCCGGGCGGCACGAGCGACCCCGACCUUUGGAACGAGACCUUCCACCACCUGGCGGCCCGCGCCAUCAUCCGCGACUUCGAGCAGCUGGCGCAGCGCGAGGGCGAGAUCGAGCAAGGGUCCAGCCGCCGCUACCAGGUGAACGCCGUGCACACCAGCAAGGCCUGCAACGUCAUCAGCAAGUACACCGCCUACGUGCCUGUGGACGUGAGCCUCAAGCAGUACCUGCCCACCGUGGUGGCCUACCCCAGCUCCGGUGCUGCGCUCCGGAUGGCCAGCUCUCGGGUCCUGACCCCACAGUGGAGGGGCAGCUCUACUGGCUUCAGACGGUCGCAGAGCAUGCUCGGGGAGGACUCGGCAGCAGGACCUGAUGGCGAGGAAAGCCCCCCUGAGCCCUCCAGCGAGACCACGUCCCCCGGCCGCGGGAAGUACGCUGCUUCUGAGGGUCCCCUGCACAGUCUGGCUACCAACACCGUCUCUUCCUUGAAGGCUUCUGAGACCCUGUUCGGAUCCAGGCUGACUUUCAAAAAGUCCAGGCUGCUGACUCGAGCAGCCAAGGGCUUCCUGGGCAGGCCGCUGACGAAGGCUCCAGAGUCGACGCCAGGGAGCCAGAGCCUUGACUACGUCCCACUGGUGUCUCUGCAGCUGGCCUCCGGAGCCUUCCUGCUCAACCAAGCCUUCUGCGAGGCCAUCCAUAUACCUAUGGACAAGCUCAAGUGGACCUCACCCUUCACCUGCCAUCGAGUGUCCCUCACUGCCCGCCAGCCUGAGUCUAAGACCCCCAGUCCCCAGCUGUGCCCCAGCCCGUCGCCUUGGCACCCCUCCUGUGACACCUUCUCUGAGGAGCCUCUGGGAGAGGACAAGCCAGGCUGGGAGCUCAGAGCUGUGACAGAACACACAGGGAAGCUGUGGGCCACGGUGGUGGCGCUGGCAUGGCUGGAGCACAGCUCGGCAUCCUACUUUGUUGAGUGGGAGCUGGUGGCCGCCAAGGCCAACUCGUGGCUGGAGCAGCAGGAGGUGCCCGAGGGUCGCUCGAGGGACACGCUCAAGGCCGCCGCCCUCCAGCUGUUUGUGCUCCUGCGGCACUGGGACGAAAGCCUGGAGUUCAAUAUGCUCUGCUACAACCCAAAUUACGUGUAG